AAAAAAUUGAACUGUCUGUCACACACCGGUCUCACACCAGUCACACCAUAUCUACGAAUCCCAGCGCCUACCCGUCAAAAUGCUCGAUUUUAUUCGCCAUCACUGGUAUGACCUCGGUGUCAUAUCAUUUAUAGUAUCAGCUCGAUACUUUCACCUCAACCGGUCCAAGCUGACGACAACGCAAAAAUUCCUCCUGCUCAAUUUUAUGACUGUCUUGGUUCAUCAAUUUGAGGAAUAUCGCUUUCCUGGAGGAUUUCCAGCAGCAAUGAACAUGGGUGUUCAUUCCAGCGAACGCCCUGAUCGGUUCCCUCUGAGUUCCCAAUCCUCGACUUUCACAAACGUGGUUGCUACAUACGGAUUCUACCUUCCUCCUGUCUUCUUCCCUGAUUACGUCUGGGCCGGACUAGCACCUAUCUUGUUCGGCUUCGGACAAUUCUUUAUUCAUGGCAUUAAUAUGAACAUGAAGCUCGGUACAUUUUACAACCCAGGAUUGGCGUCCGUGAUUUUGAUGCAUAUUCCUCUCGGUUAUUAUUACAUACGCUACAUGACAAGCAGUGGUCAGUUGACAGGGCGUCAGUGGGCUCUGGGUCUUGCCUACGGUGCUGCGUUUUGGUACCUGAUGCUCAUCAAGUCUACCUUUGGAUGGCUCGUGGAUUACAACUCACCCUACCCCUUCUAUCCGAAUGAAAUGGAGCGUGGAGGAAUGGCCGCCUGGAUCAGACGUGUUCGCAACGCCUGAAUUCCAGAUGUUAGACACGUUCGCAUGUGCAUGCGGAGUUACAUAACUGGAAAGUGCAUCAGAUGGCCUUUCAGUGUGAAGGAAAGAUCCUAAGAAAGAUUGCCGAUCCGUCCCUGCGGCGAGAUUGGAAACAGGAGAAUUGUGUCAUUGCGAGAGGUAGAUCGCACUGGAAAUUUGGAACAUUCGAAUUUGACUGUAUCAGUAUUGC